AUGGCUCUACCGAUUUAUAUCCUCUUAUUAGCAAUCAUUGCGUGCCAUCGCAUGUCUAAAUCACCACCGGUUCUGCGAAGCUCAUCGCUUUUGUUCCGAAGCAAGCGAAAGCCAGACACAAAGAUUGAGGCCCACUCACGCAUCCCAUUGUACAAUCGCAUCACGACGCUCAUCAGUUUUGGCAUCCUUAUCAUCACAGGUCUGCUUCGAGAUCUCUUUGGAAAAUGGCUCUAUCCAGCACACUACCAGACGCUGACGACUCACAAUGGAUAUGCGCCGCUCAGUCCUGGAUUUGAUAACUUCUACCUCCGUCGUCUCCAUGCGCGGAUGGAAGACUGCUUUGAGCGUGUGACCUCCGGGGUACCCGGACGACAUAUCACGCUUGUUGACGGCGCCAAUGGACUCCCAACUACAACGCUGAAUCUGAGUUCCUACAAUUAUUUGGGAUUCGCAGAAUCUGAGGGUCCUUGUGCGUCCCUGGUGGCAGCCUCAAUCCAAACAUGUGGUAUCGCCUCAGCCAGCAGCCGUGCAGAGGUGGGCACGCACAAUCUCCAUGUGGAGGUCGAGGCCUUGGUCGCGUCGUACGUGGGCAAGGAAGACUGCAUGGUGUCUUCGAUGGGUUUUGCAACAAAUGCAGAUAUAUUCCCUGUGCUGGUAGAUGCUCGAUGUCUGGUUAUUUCAGACGAGCUAAACCACGCUUCUAUUCGGUUUGGCACCCGUCUGUCGGGAGCGACGCUUGCCACAUUCCAACACAACGAUUUGAGAGACUUGGAGACGAAGCUCCGGGAAGCGGCAUGCUCGCAUGUCCCGUGGAAGAAGGUUCUGGUCGUUGUCGAAGGGCUCUACUCUAUGGAAGGAACACUGUGCCAUCUGCCAGACCUGAUCGCCUUGAAAAGGCGCUACAAGUUUUACCUCUUCAUCGACGAAGCACACUCGAUAGGUGCGAUUGGACCGAGCGGCAGAGGAAUCUGCGACCAUUAUAACGUAGACCCUGCGGACGUCGAUAUUCUGAUGGGAACCUUCACCAAGUCGUUCGGGGCCGUGGGUGGCUACAUCGCAGCGAACCGGGCCGUGAUCCAAAAGCUGCGCGCCACAAACCCGGGUUCAAUAUACAGCGAAGCUCCUGCCCCCGCCAUUCUCGCCCAAAUUCUUGCAUCUAUCCGCAUCGUCAGUAGUGGUCAAGGUGACAGACGGUUGAAGCAGUUACUCUCGAACUCUAGGUAUCUUCGUCGGGGGCUAAAACGCCUUGGCUAUAUAGUCUUCGGUGACGACGAUUCGCCGGUCGUCCCCGCUCUGCUCUUGAACCCAGCCAAGAUGCCAGCUUUUUCCCGGGAGAUGCUCCGGCGCAAGAUCUCAGUGGUUGUCGUUGGCUUCCCGGGUACUCCACUGCUUCUUUCGCGGAUUCGCUUCUGCGUGUCGGCCACUCAUACCCAGGAGGAUUUGGACUAUGUUCUAUCGGCGUGUGCAGAGCUUGGCGGGAUUCUGCAACUGAGACUGUGUCAGACAUAG